CUUUCGUGUCCUAUCCGACUUGAAGAGGAGUAAAGGGAGAGCGAAGAAGAAUCCUUCUUCUCCGCUCCUGUCGCCGCCGUUGUCGUCCUCACCGGCAUGCCGUCGACUCUCUGCACCUCCGUCCUUGCUUAGCUGCUGAGUUGAAUUAUGGUUUCUUCUUCCGGUUACCUCGAUGAGACGUAUGGCCGUGGUUUCCUCAGGAGAAGGGCAAAAGUAGAGGAGAUGCGUGCUGCUUUUGAAGUUUGUAUAGGCAAUUACGGCGAUUUCGCCUAUCCCAACCAGCACAAGACAGAAACUUGCUCCACUUCUCACGAGUGCUCUGAUAGUGGUCCUCUUAUGUCAUGUUGCUGCAAUAUCGAGGAACGAAUGGGUCCGACCUCAAUAUCCGAUGCUACCUGCCAAUCGAAUGGCAAUGGUGAUGCUACAGAACCCUGUACUACUGCCGGUUCUCUGUACCAAGAUAAGAGUUAUUCUGGGCAUCCUCAAGUUUCUUUUGUAAGCGGAUGGAUGUACAUAAAUGAGCAAGGACAAAUGUGUGGACCUUACCUCCAGCAACAGUUAUAUGAAGGACUAUCUUCUGGCUUCUUGCCUGAUGAGCUUCCUGUGUACCCCAUAAAUAAUGGAUCAUAUCUUAACCCUGUACCAUUGAAGUAUUUCAAGCAGUUCCCUGACCAUGUUGCUACUGGCUUUGUGUACCUAUCCACAACUACCUUAUGCACGACUAUGCCAGCAAAUUCGACAAUCUAUCCUAGCACUGAGUCAAGAUUGCACACAGAAUCACAUUCAUUUGCUCCCAAUCAAAGUUCACAGGCUGCAUCCCAGGCUGGUCCCAACUAUAGUGCAUAUAACCAUCAGGUCGGAGCAAGCUAUGGAGCAGCUGGCCAGAUGGCAUUCUCGCAGCUGGAUAAAGGUGAGGCUUGUUGGUUGUUUGAAGAUGAUCAUGGGAAGAAACAAGGGCCGCAUUCUCUUUGGGAGAUAUACUCCUGGCAUUGUUAUGGCUAUUUACGGGAUACCAUAAUGAUAUAUCACUCUGAAAACAAGUUCGGAGCAUUUUCAUUGCUCUCAGUGAUAAAUGAAUGGAGAAGAGAUGAUACUGCAGCUAAUGCAAGCUGCAAUGUUUCCAGAACUUCUGAUGGAUUUGUAUCUGAAAUUUCUGAAGUAGUUUCUUGCCAAUUGCAUGGUGGCAUCAUGAAAGCUGCACGCAAGGUUCUGCUUGAUGAAAUCAUAAGUAAUCUCAUGACAGAGGCUGCUUCUUCCAGGAGAGCUCAGAGACAUCUAAAACCUGAAUCGGCUGCUCAGACCAGUGGGAUCUGUAACCUAGAUGUCAGCCAGCCUGAAGCUUCCAGUCAGAGUAAAUCUUCUACCGAAUCUGAAUUUGUGAUGGGAACUUCCAAGAAAGAUACUAAUGAUGCACCUAAAAAUGCUGCUCCUGUACAAGCUCUUGCUGUUACCAAAACUAUUGGAAGCAUUGACAGCUAUUGGGCUUCAUACUCAGCUGUCUGCAGAAUGCUCUAUGAAUUUUGCAUGCAGGUCACUUGGAAUGCUGUAUUUUAUGAUGUGAUAGCAGAUUACAGUACUUCAUGGAGGAGUCAAAAGAUCUGGUCUGGUCAAGCUAAUUUUAUGCCCCUGAGUAGCAGGUGCAAAGCUAAAAGGGUGGAGUCUUCUCUUGUAUUGCCUUCUGCUUUCCCAGAGGGAAGUCCUGAAAAGAAUCGAGCAUCAUCUCUUAAUGUGACAUCUGAUGCCAUGAAUCAUAUCCACGAAAGUGUGGAAGAGGAGCUAUAUAUGUCUGCUGAGGCUUCUUUGGCAGAUUAUGUCAAAUCUUUUGUAAGGGAGGAAGUAGACAAAGUGGUCAGAUUUCUGAAUUCUGAUCUGUUAAAUGAGAUAAACAGCGAGUCAUGGUGUGCUGACUCUGGUCACAUACACAAUUCUUCAAACUUGCCUAAUGAUUCAGGAGCCGAUCCAAACAAAAGUCAAGUUGCAGAAACAGCAGAAGAUACAUCUCAAACUACAACAGAAACAAUGGAGCUUGUUCGUCAUUCCGCCACUAAACUCUCCGGAUCUAACAUAUUGGCUACUGCAUUCAAAAAGCUGUAUAGAGGGAUUGGUGAUGUGCUUGUUGAUGAAGUAAAUGAUGAGCCUCCACCCCCCGGAUUGGAAGACUGUAAUAAGACCUUUUCUCAGCCUAGUAAAUGUAAGUUCCGACCUUUACGGUCCGACGAGCGUAUACCCAAGAUUGGAGCAUAUGUUGCUAUGGCAUUGUGCAGGCAGAGAUUGCAUGAUGAUGUGCUUAAAGAAUGGGCAUCAUUGUUCCUUAAUGAUUCUCUACAUCAGUUUGUUAGAUCACGGCGUUCAUUAAAAAAUAAGGACUCAUCGCCCACUGCAAACAGUAAGCAUGGUGCAUCCAGUGCAGUUCCUAUGUCUCAAGGAUGUUCAAAGGAUGAUUGCACAGUCCGUUCUUGUGAUGGACAUGCCAAUGCUGCUCAAGUUACUUAUUUCCGGAAGAAAAAGAACGAAAAAAGAAAGUCCAGUUCUCCUCAGUGCAUUCCUUCAGCCUCAAAGAUACAAAAUUUGCGAUUGGAGAAGUUGAAAAGACUGGAGUCCUCUAAGGAUUUAUCUGAGCCUACAAAUGUUAAAACUGCUGUAUCAGUUUCCAAGAAGAGAAAGUUGACUAAACCCAACAUUAAAUCGCCUGUUAGUGAUAAGUCAAGGCAAACCGUGAUGGCAAGGGUCUCACCUGAUAGUAACAUCUCGCGAAAGAGCUCGAUUGGUCAAAAAGUUAGACGAGCAUCUGAAAGAGUACAGAAUGGUGAAGCCUUAGAAGAUGAUGUAAAACCAAAGAGACCAAAGCUUUUGAAAGGGAAAGCUCGCUUAAGCACUACGGAGAAUCAAGUAGUUAGGAAUGAGGACUUACAAGAUGCUGUCAGACCAAAGAGUGCAAAGUUUUCAAAAGCAAAAGCUGAUAUCAGCAAUGUUGAGAAGCAAGAUGAUGGUGAUGAGGUCAUAGACGAUGAUGUAAGACCAAAAAGAGCAAAGCUUUUGAAAGCAAAAGUGGAGAAGAAGGUAUUAAGAGCAAAUCGAGAUGGCGUUGAUUUCCAGAAAGAGUCCUCUGGGGGUAUCUCUAAGAAGAUAGUGAAAUCAGCUAAGAUGGCAAAGCAAAAGAAGGGGGUCCAAGAAACUCUGCGAUCAUCUGUGUCUGAAGAUGUUUCUGUGUCAACUAGUUUUUCCAAAAAGUCAGUUCGUAAGAAGGUUGUGCCAAAAAAACCCAUGUCCAUUAAGUUCAAGACAUCAAUGGCUUGCCCUAAAUCUGAUGGUUGCGCUCGGUCCUCAAUCGAUGGGUGGGAAUGGCAUAAGUGGUCGAUGACAGCAAGUCCACUUGAAAGAGCUCGCGCUAGGGGAAUUAACUACAUCCAGUCUAAUCAUUCAGGUUCCAAAAGCAAUAGUUUUCAAUUGCCCAACAACAAGGGUAUAUCUGCAAGGACAAAUCGGGUGAAAAUGCGUAAUCUCAUGGCCGCUGUCGAGGGUGCUGACCUGCUAAAGAGCAGCCAGUUGAAGGCUAGGAAGAAGCAUCUGCGUUUCCAGAGGAGCAAGAUCCAUGAUUGGGGUCUUGUUGCUCAGGAGCCAAUCGAGGCAGAAGAUUUUGUGAUUGAAUAUGUUGGUGAAUUGAUUCGUCCUCGGAUAUCUGAUAUUCGUGAGCUCCAAUACGAGAAGAUGGGAAUUGGAAGCAGCUAUCUUUUUAGACUUGAUGAUGGUUAUGUGGUUGAUGCUACAAAGCGUGGUGGAAUUGCCAGAUUUAUAAACCAUUCCUGCGAGCCUAAUUGCUAUACGAAAAUUAUAAGUGUUGACGGUCAGAAGAAAAUUUUCAUCUAUGCCAAACGGCACAUAGCUGUUGGUGAAGAAAUCACUUACAAUUACAAGUUUCCUUUGGAGGAUAAAAAGAUACCCUGCAACUGUGGUUCCAAAAAGUGCCGCAGAUCAUUGAAUUAGGAUUUCUUUGGCAAGUCUGGUAUACUUUGCAGCUUUUUCUGGACUUCAAGCGAGUGGAGUUGGAAAAUUUAUUCCAUAGGUCACAGACACUCUUGCUAAUGGAAGUGCGAAUGACGUGAUUAUGGUGAAUUUUCAGAUCAAGAUUCUUGCUUAUGAUUUUCAUAGAGAUGACACGCCGAUUCUCAAAUAUAUACAUGUGGUUUGAAAAUAUUAGAACCAACACGGACUUUCCCCCUCAAUGCAGGGGCUGCAUUUCUAUUGAUGAUGAUGGCCUUCUGGUAUGUAUCCUCGUUAAUCCACACCUUUCUUUGACAUUCUCUUUUGAAGCAACCAACCAUCUGUAAGGUGGCAUCUCAUAAAGUGACGGGUGAUGCUUGAUAACUGCCGAAAGUGGUUGCGCGUACAAGAAAAAAUCUUGGUUUCUCUUUCCAGACAUUGGGGGUAAAAGAAAACGAAGCUUUGAUCUCCAAGGUCUGCAUACCAAUUGGAAAAGAUGGUGGUGCUCAGUUCCCGGUCAGAAUUUCUCAAGCCUGUGGCAUUUGGCGGAGCUGUAUCUCCCUUCAAUGUCCGAUAGCAUUGCGGAUGAGAGAGAUUAAGAGGUGUCACAAAUAAAGGUCCACGACCGCAUCCAUCGUGUUCUUACAUAUACCGAAGAAUUGACCAAUUGGCCAUCUAUCGCUCCCAUAGGCUAUGUUCGAUCUCGGUUGUGACUUCCUGAGUUCUUAAAUGACCGAAUAACCUGAAGAUGUCGAACUAUACUGAACUCGAGCUGGAUUAGGGAACAAGAAGAGUUGCAAGUAACUCCGCCUGUGUUGUGUUUGAUGUUUUGAAACACAGCCGGUCCCAAGCCCGGACAAAGGAGGAGGGUUUUAAUUGCCAUUUGCCAAACAAAGUACAUUACCACAUAUUCUGACCAAAAAAAUAAAAAUAAAAAAGUGAUAAAGGACAUGUCAUGUAUAAAUGCUCACUUAGCAUAGUGUCUGCCAUCUUCCUUGCAAAAUGGUUCAAAUGGCCCUUGCUUCUUGUGUUGUGCCAAAUUUACGGGGAGGCUUUCUCGUCGGAAACUCGAUAGAAUUGACCUCCUAUCCAGUGGCACUGCGGUUACUGAUGAUCUGUUUGUUUCUCGAGUGUUUCCAGCAUCCGUAGCCUGUCAAUGCUAAGUGAUAAGGCGAUUUCCGAUCUCUUGGUACUGCAAACUCUGUACCCAAAACACUACAGUUGAGGCCCGUUUUCCAUUCAGCCAUAUCCCUCUCUGCUAGUAAAUGCAUUCACGUCUCCUCUAUGCCCUCGCAAGUCUCUCUUUCAUUGUGCUGGAGCAGGUGGCAGGCUUAUCAUCCUCGUCCGAUGUGGUCACACCUCUUGAACUUCUGGAAGUGUAUCUGGAGCAGAUAUCGCGUACGGAAGACCGAUUGUCAUCGCCGAAGGACUGACUCGACUAUAGUAUGGUGUUAUUUUAGCAAGAGACCAAAAUACAUAGCAGCCAGUUCCCGUUUGUGCCUUUUUUCCAAGAGAGAAGAAACUGCAUUGUCAAAUAUACGAUCUGGGCCAAUACUUAAGAUGUUAUCUCAUUGCCUUUUACUGACCUUCAACGCGACUGCUGAUUCGGAUU